AUGACGACCAACCUCCGUACCCAGAAGCGCCUUGCGGCGUCCGUUGUCGGCUGUGGUAAACGCAAGAUCUGGCUUGACCCUAACGAAGUCAGCGAAAUCGCCAAUGCCAACUCUCGCCAGACGAUCCGAAAGCUGGUCAGCGAUGGCCUUAUCAUCCGCAAGCCCGUCGCGAUGCACUCUAGAGCCCGUGCCCGAGAACUGAACGCUGCACGAAGAAUCGGUAGACACAGAGGUUUCGGUAAGAGAAAGGGUACAAAGGACGCCAGAAUGCCAAGCCAAGUCCUAUGGAUGAGACGUCUCCGUGUCCUUCGACGCCUCUUGGCCAAAUACCGUGCAGCCGGCAAAAUCGAUAAGCACCUUUAUCACGAGCUCUACCAUCUGAGUAAGGGUAACACCUUCAAGCACAAGCGUGCGUUGGUUGAACACAUCCACAAGGCCAAGGCUGAGAAGCAACGUGAGAGAAUCCUCAAGGAAGAAAUGGAUGCCAAGCGUGCAAAGACCAAGGCUGCCCGCGAGAGACGACAAGAGAGAAUCCAAACCAAGCGAAAUGCUCUUGCUGGUGAGCAGGAGGCCGAGGAGGAGAAGUAA